CGUGAAAUAUUGCUUGAUCCAUAAUAGCCAUCCUGUAACUUCGCUUUGCCGGGAUUUUACAACAAAUUGCGGGUAAACAAGAUGCCAGCAGUACGUGGCCACCGCAGCGAAGAUUACGUGGAUCAGCAGCGGCAGGAGGAGUAAGUGAGUCCCGGGAACAACCAAGCAAAUCCGUCCAGUCCGUGGAAAUCAGAGCUUCGCCAGCCGGAAAAGUAGAGCAGACCCCCCACAGAAAUCGAUGCCCCACUGCCACACAAUGGUCUAUAUGCGAAUUGUGCUGACAACCUUGGUGACCAUUACGUGUCUGCUGGGGGACAACUUUGUGGAACUGACCCAGCAUCCCCUGCUGAAGGCCCUGGCCGAUAAUGCCACACAUGCGGCCAUAGGAGCCCUCACGGGCAUCACCUUUGCCACCCAGUUUUAUGAGCGGACCUCGCAGCUGUUCGGCUGGAUAUUGAUUUUCACCUGCUUCGUUGUGUCAUCGUUCAUUGACUUGGACCACUUUGUGGAGGCGCGUUCCCUGUAUCUGGAGGAUGCCACAAAUCUUUCGAAGCGGCCCUUCCUCCACUGCUCCAGUAUUAUAGUGGUGCUGCUGGUGUUCUACAUGUGCACCGCCUGUUUGAACUACUUCCGGACCAGCUUGAUGCUGGGCUCCCUACUCUGUGCCUUCAUCACACACCACACCAGGGAUGCCGUGAGGCGGGGCUACUGGCUGUGCCCACUGGGACACACGGACCGAAUGCCCCAGCUGGCCUACAUAGUGACCACCAUCCUGACGCCCCAUCUGCUGGGAUGUCUGCACAACAUAUGCCGCAGUGCCACCGUCCUCAAUUUCCUGGGUCAAUACAUCAAGCUUAGCGAGGGCCAAUAUCGCAGUAGUUCCACUGCCAACUAUCGCUAUAUGCAGGUCUAAGCUAAACAAAACACAUUGUGAUAAUACUGCAAAUCAUCAUGAAAUGGUAAAUGCAAAAUGCUUUUCAAGCUUAAAGCGCUUUAAGAUUAGAGAUCAGCUAGAAACCAAAAUACUUCCACACUACAGGACACAAUUUUACACGGAUCUACUACUAGGAGUACCUUUUUUUUAGGGGAACUAUGCUUCCCGUCCAAUUGAUUUUUCUCUGUUAAGUAGCGUGUAGGUUUUUACUAGCAUCUAAAUAUAGUACAGAUAAUAUCCGGAUUUGUGAUAUGUAGUCCUUAGAGAAACUAGAGUAACGAGCAUAGCGCACAAUGAUAUGUAAUCGAUUUUCAACUUCAACCUUGACUCUUGUACUUCUAGGCCAUACGAUUUUAAGCUAAUCGAAACAAUAAACACAAUGUAAUUGCCUUAAAA